AUGGCGGAGUCAGAAAGCGACCUGGCGGCUGCCUUGGAAUCCCUUGGCUUGGGCCGCUUCCUUUCCAAGUUUCAGUUCCCCCUUGGCGUCCGCCACCUUCGGGAAGUGACGGAGUUGGAAAUUGCAGACUUGGAAGAGAUUGGACUCAGCCGUUUGGAGGUGCGUCGCCUCCAAGCCGCGGCAGACCAGGCGCCACAGAGACGCCCGCGUCCCUCGGAGGUGGCGGAGGAGGCAGCAAAGCCAGCCGAACCGGAGCCCAAGCCAGUGCCCAGCAACAGUCGACCGGGCCGCGGUUGCCUUCGGCGGCGCUCUUCGUCGCCUUCGGCACGUCGCCGAUCGCAGUCCAGGGUGAGCUUCCGGUCUUGCAGCUCAGCAGGCGACAUUGGCCACAACUUCGAGGAGGCUUGCCGCCGUGAAAUCAUCAAAUGGCUGGAUGGCUAUGCUGCGGAGGUGGCCCCGAAGGGCGUCGGCAUCCAUCACGACUGCGAUUUGGUGAUGAAGCUGCGGCGCGGGGUGCCGUCGUCGAAGCUCCUGCCAGACUUGUUCGAGCUCUUCAAGCGCAGCGAGCGAAUGUGUCACUACGACUCACUGGUGUUCUUUGAAAUGAAGUGCCGCGCAAGGCGUGUGGAUCAUGCCAUUGAACAGCUCAUGAAGCGAAAAGAGCUCCUAGAGGCCCAGCGCGACGCUCCGUCUGCCCACUUCGUGGCCGUGGUCGCUUUGGCACGCAGCGACCGCUCCGCCCACGAGGCUUUGGAAAAGAUUGCAGCGGGCAACGCGGCUGUUCAAAUCGUUUCAGUUGACCCCGAACUCCUUCGGCUCACGGAGGAGACGGCAGACCACGCAGCAGAAAGCGAGGAAGCAGCUGGAAAAGGCGAACAUGUCAGCCGCGCUGCUGCCUGGCUGGACAACAGAGAUCAGGUCAAGGACCAUGCGUCUACUGCCGUGCCGGCGGAUUGGACAGAGUGGACAAGUGAGCCUGAACGAACUGCCGAGAAUCCUGCUUCUGAUGGUUGGAGUUGGGGCGACUUUCUGGGCAACAAGCCGCAUCCGCCGACGGCAAAGCCGGCCGGACACAAAGGUGGCAAAGGCCGCGGCAAAGGCAAAAUGUUUCGCGACACUCCUGAAGUGUACUACACCCGCAAGCUUCUCUCGGAGAACCGUCACGAGAUGGAUGGUUACUUCUACGGUGUGGUUCAGGUGUACCGCAAG